AUGAAGCCUCAACUGUUUGUCUUCGCGUUCGCCUCUCUUGGCCUGGCCGCUGUGGAUCUGAGCUCUGACAAAGAUUUGGAUACAUGUCCGGAAGAACAUAUGAGGCCGUACAAGGGCGACGUUUUCACGUAUGGGAGCCCCAAUGUGAAUAUGACGUGCGAUGUCGUCGUCAUCAGCUUCCCCCCCGGGGAUCCUCGACAGAAGCUGCAGAUCCCCAUUGACGGCGAUAAUGGCCCAUGUGCAGAGCCCGAGGAACUCAUCACUCUUCCGACCGGCGUAGUCGGACCCAUACGAUUGACCUGGAUGUGUAGUGGCUACACGCCAUAUCCCUGUCGUAUUAUAACCAUCAAAGACGAGAUGCCCUGCAGCGGCCACCACCACGAAACAAAUAGCCACACCGAGUGGCUUCCGUACCAGCUCAACUGUACGAAGUACAAGUACAAAAUCAUCGUCGUCGUCAUCGUCGGCGGCGACGAGUGCUGCACAAGCCGGACCGAGCGCUGCACCAGCCACAUCGAGCGCCAAGCCAGUCACAUCGAGCACUGA